UUCAAUUUGGUUACUUCUCAUGUAUACUUGGGCAAGGACGGAGACCUAUUGGCUCUAAAUAGCAGUUUUCCAGCCACCAUGAUGUUCCCGACAUUAUUUUUCAUGUUAAUGGCUGUCAUGGGUGCCACUACUUCUUCAUACGCAACAGUUGAAAGACAGAUUUACGUCGUUCACAUGGACCGCACCAAGAUUUCAAGCUUGGAUCAUUCUCCAGGGGACACCAGGAAAUGGCAUGAAGCAGUGAUGGAUACCAUCACCGAGUUGUCAGCCCAAGAUGAUGAGGAGGAGCAAGAAGCAACAGCACCUCAACUCCUUUACGUCUAUGAAAACGCCAUUACUGGUUUUGCUGCUAACUUGUCCACCAAACAAGUCGAAUUGUUGAGAAACGUAGAUGGGUUCGUCUCUGCCACUCCAGACGACAUGUUUAGUCUCCACACAACCCACUCUCCCAAGUUUCUUGGCCUGCAGAAUGGCAAGGGACUCUGGAACGGUUCCAAAUUGGCCUCUGCAGACAUCGUAAUCGGUGUUGUCGAUACCGGAAUCUGGCCUGAGCAUCCAAGCUUUAGUCAAGAUGCCAGCAUGCCCCCGGUGCCUUCUCGCUGGAAAGGCGCUUGCGAGAAAGGAACCAAAUUCUUGCCUUCAAAUUGCAACAAGAAGCUCAUCGGCGCCAGAGCCUUCUUCAAGGGAUAUGAGGCUGUAGCUGGUCGGGUCAAUGAGACAGUCGAUUAUCGAUCGGCUCGGGACUCACAAGGGCACGGUACACACACCGCAUCAACUGCAGCUGGAGCUUUUGUUGAUGAUGCUAGCCUGUUUGGCAUGGCCAAAGGCUCGGCAUCAGGAAUGAUGUACUCUGCCCGAAUUGCAGCCUAUAAGGUUUGCUGGUUAACAGGUUGUGUCGGCUCUGAUAUAUUAGCUGCCGUAGACCAAGCUGUUGCUGAUGGGGUCGAUGUGUUGUCUCUCUCCAUGGGAAGUUUCUCUCGACCUUAUUACAGUGAUAUCAUUGCUAUAGCUUCAUUUGGGGCCGUUCAGCAUGGAAUCUUCGUCUCAUGCUCGGCCGGAAAUUCUGGUCCUUCUGAAUCUACGGUCGCAAAUGUUGCACCGUGGAUUAUGACUGUCGCUGCCAGCUACCUCGACCGAAGCUUCCCCACCACAGUAAAGCUCGGUAACGGGUUAGCUUUCAAGGGUGCAUCUCUUUACUCUGGAAAGCCAACUUCAAUGCUACCCCUCGUUUAUGGGGACAGCUCAGGUAGCAAGGGCGUCGAGUACUGUAUUGAUGGCUCCCUCUCUCCAGAUAUUGUCCGAGGCAAAAUUGUUGUCUGUGAGAGAAGGUUGGGCAGUCGAACCGGGAAAGGAGAACAGGUUAAGUUGGCAGGAGGUGCUGGGAUGCUGUUAGUAAACGCAGAAGACCAAGGCGAAGAGCUUUUUGCCGACCCACACCUCUUACCUGCGACUUCCUUAGGAGCCAAAGCUGCAAAAGCCAUUAAAGACUACGUGAGCUCGGACAAGAAACCAACAGCUUCUAUUGACUUUGAGGGUACGGUUUAUGGCUAUCCUGCACCAGUGACGGCGGCAUUCUCAUCAAGGGGACCCAACCCAAUCGCACCCGAUGUGAUCAAGCCAGACGUUACGGCACCAGGGAUGAAUAUAUUGGCUGCCUGGCCUCCUACCGUGAGCCCGACUCGACUUAAGAGUGAUAAAAGAAGUGUUGAGUUCAACAUAAUCUCAGGGACAUCCAUGUCAUGUCCACAUGUGAGUGGCCUGGCUGCCCUCCUUAAAUCUGUACACAGAGACUGGUCUCCUUCAGCGAUCAAAUCAGCUCUAAUGACAACAGCUUAUAUGCUAAACAACAAAUUUACUCCAAUCAAAGAUGCUGCUGCUGGUGGUGGUUCUUCUUCCUCUUCAGAUUUAGCAACACCUUUUGCAUUUGGAUCAGGACAUGUCAACCCCGAGAGAGCAUCCGAUCCGGGGCUAAUUUAUGAUAUCGGCACUGAGGACUACCUGAACUACCUGUGCAGUCUGAACUACACCUCAUCUCAAAUGGCUCUCGUAGCUCGGCGGAGUUUCACUUGUCCUCUUCAGCCAGGCGACUUGAACUACCCAUCAUUCGCUCUGCUUUUUGACAAUGGUGCCCAGAACAUUACGUUGACAUACAAGAGAACGGUGACUAACGUUGGGGCCCCGAGAGCUAGAUAUGUAGUGGUAGUGAAGGAACCAGAAGGAGUGUCAGUAAGGGUUGAGCCUAAGGUCUUAAAAUUCAACAAGUUAGGCCAAAAGCUGAGCUACAAGGUGACAUUUGUAGCAGCAGUUGGACGAAAGACCACUUCGAACGCCUAUUCUUUCGGAUCCCUGGUCUGGUUAUUUGAUAAAUAUGCAGUGACAAGUCCCAUUGCAGUGACUUGGCAGUAGUAGGUAAUGAUCAAGGCUUAAACUAGGGACCCUAGCUUGAAAGGGCAGGAAGCAUUGUUCCUUAAGGGGAAUUAAACCCAUAAUAAAGAGUACUGAAAGUGUGAAACAUUUAGAAAUUAAUCAAGUAGAAGGCCAUUACUUCGAUGAAAGUUGGAGUGAACUCAAAGAGUUGGCUAGUUGUAGUUAUGAACACCAAAUUUAUAAAGCAAGAGAAAUAGUUAGAACAAAACCGGUUUCUGAACUCUAAAAUCACUGUAAAGCUUUCACAGAUCGAUAUUUCCUGUUGG